AUUUCUUGAGGGAAAAGAAAACAAAUACACUAAACUUUAAACAAUGAGUAUUCCACCGCAGCCCCCCAGCUUUUCCCUUACAAAAAGAAUCAAACUCCCCAACACCAAAAAGACUCCUUCAAAAACUCCAAAGAAAGCACAUUCUCUUCCCUUUUUCCACUUGCCUCUGUCAAGUUCUUCACUUUUCUUCAUCUGGGUCUUUGAUUAAUUAACCAAACAUGCAUUCAAAUCACUUGCUUCUUGAAGAACCCAUCAGGAUGGCUUCAAUUUUAGAGCCAUCCAAAGCUAAUUUUUUCCCGGCUAUGACUAAGAUUGUUGGGACUUUGGGUCCUAAAUCUCGAUCCGUUGAGGCUAUUUCGGCUUGUCUUAAAGCUGGAAUGUCUGUGGCAAGAUUUGAUUUUUCAUGGGGUGAUUCAGAGUACCACCAAGAGACUUUGGAGAACUUGAAGGCUUCUAUUAAGGCUACUAAGAAGCUCUGUGCUGUCAUGCUAGAUACUGUUGGUGCUGAGUUGCAGGUUGUCAACAAACGCGAGACACCUAUUUCACUUAAGGAAGAUGCAAUUGUUACUCUGACUCCUCAUCAAGGUCAAGAAGCAUCUAAUGAAGUCUUGCCAAUUAACUUUGGUGGAUUAGCCAAGGCUGUAAAGAAGGGAGACACCAUUUUUGUUGGUCAGUACCUUUUCACAGGAAGCGAAACAACAUCUGUUUGGCUGGAGGUAGACCAAGUGAAUGGGGAUGAUGUCAUUUGCGUGGUAAAGAACUCUGCCACUUUAGCUGGGUCAAUGUUCACCCUGCAUGCUUCUCAAGUUCAUAUUGAUAUGCCUACCCUCACUGAGAAAGACAAAGAGGUUAUUAGCACAUGGGGUGUUCAAAACAAAAUCGACUUUAUUUCUCUAUCAUAUACAAGGCAUGCUGAGGAUGUCCGUGAGGCCCGUGAGUUCUUAUCUAAGCUGGGUGAUCUAAGUCAAACUCAGAUCUUUGCUAAAAUUGAAAAUGUUGAGGGUUUGACUCAUUUUGAUGAGAUACUCAAAGAGGCUGAUGGGAUCAUCCUUUCUCGUGGAAACCUCGGUAUUGAUCUUCCACCAGAGAAGGUGUUCUUGUUCCAGAAGGCUGCUGUUCACAAGUGUAACAUGGCUGGCAAGCCAGCUGUAGUAACACGUGUUGUCGAUAGUAUGACUGACAAUCUUAGGCCUACUCGUGCUGAAGCAACAGAUGUUGCUAAUGCUGUCUUGGAUGGAACUGAUGCUAUUCUUCUUGGUGCUGAGACUCUGCGUGGAUUAUACCCAGUCGAGACUAUUUCUACUGUUGGCAAAAUUUGUGCUGAGGCAGGGAAGGUUUUCAACCAAGACCUAUACUUCAAGAAAACGGUCAAAUUUGUUGGAGAACCCAUGACACAUCUGGAAGCAAUUGCCUCAUCGGCGGUAAGAGCCGCCAUCAAGGUGAAAGCAUCAGUAAUUAUUUGUUUCACUUCAUCUGGAAGGGCAGCAAGAUUGAUAGCUAAAUAUAGGCCAACAAUGCCAGUAUUGUCUGUUGUCAUUCCUCGACUCAAGACAAAUCAACUGAAGUGGAGUUUUACCGGUGCAUUUGAGGCAAGGCAAUCUCUUAUUGUCCGAGGUCUUUUCCCAAUGCUGGCUGAUCCUCGACAUCCUGCUGAAUCUAACAAUGCAACUAACGAGUCAGUGCUGAAAGUUGCUCUUGAUCAUGGAAAGGCAUCAGGAGUUAUUAAAUCACAUGAUCGAGUUGUCGUUUGCCAGAAAGUUGGAGAUGCAUCAGUGGUUAAGAUUAUUGAACUUGAAGAUUAGGGUGUUAUAGGUUGCCGUUGUCAGCAUUUAUUUUGUCCACAUCUUUUUGCGAAGGGAUGGGAGUGUUAAAGCCAUCACAUUCUUUGUUUCUACAAAGGUUUUGUUAACUCUGAUGUGUGAUAUGGUACAGUCAUAAACCGGGCGAUUAUUCUUGUUGAUAGAACUAGCAGUACUGGAAACUAUUGAAAUUAGUUUAAUGGCUCCUCCUUGAGUUUAUCGAUAGGAGUCUCCGUGCUCAAUAGUCCUUCCAACUGUUUUUUCUGAUGCUGUGUGUUAUGGAGAUGUCUGUAACUAAUUUUUGUUCUGUUUCAGAACUUAACUCAACAGAAGAAAGACCAUCAAUGCCCAUUUAAAUAUCAAUAAUGAAACCUUGAAAAGUA